AUGGAGUCCAACACCACAGCCACCAACGGGACCUACGUUGUUGACGAGGAGAGCGCCAACCCGGGCACUGCCAUGAGCGUCGAGCAGGUAGCCGGUAAUGGUGGUAGUAGCGGUGACCCUAAGGAGGAAGACGGUGAUGAGAGCUCCAGCUUACGUUCUCCCAUAAUUACUCUGAUUUAG